AUGGCAUUUGACAAAAACAAGGAAAAAGGCUUUAAUAGUAUCUCUAACAACAAUUUGUCACGGCCAAGCAACAAAUGCAACAGCAAGAAGCACGUCAACAAUCCAAUAAUAAAGGACAAAGAUGUUGGUGGGGUUCAUUCAAGUUGGUCACUCUCCGCGGAUGAAGAUUACAUAGAGUUUUGCUUUGGAAAGGAUGUAGCACAAGAUGACAAAAGUGCCAAUUCUGAGACUCAUGUCAAAGGUCAGAAUGAAAUGCACAAAAAUUCAAGGCCAGUGAAUCGUAAGCUGAAAUAUAGUGAGGAUGAUGAACUAAUUAGUGACCAGAACAUUCAUGACAAAAGAUCAAACGUUAAUCACCAUCAAAAUGAUCUGCAUGAAGAGGACAUCGUACACGUGGGCACACAGCAACAUGUGGAAGGGUCUGCAGAGUCAAGGAACUCUGACCAAUCUGAAGGCAGUAGAAGUUCUUUUGCCUUCCCUGUCACUGGUCUUAAUGUUGUGAAGGAUUGGGUGGUUUUGUUUGAAAAACACAGGCUAGGUUGGGAAUGGAUUGGAAGCCCUGUGCAAAUGCCCAAAUCAGAAGGUUUGCACCUGAGGAAGCCCAAGGCCCGAGCUAUUGCUUCAAAAUUCACUACUAAGAACUAA